GGUCGCGUCUGCUGCAGCAACAGGGUGCGGCCGGGUGGGGGGCGCAAGCGCAGCUUCCAGUAAGCCGGGUGUCCGGGGUGUCCGAGCUGCCGCUGCCUCACCCCAGCCUCACCCCAGGGCUCUGCGCGUCUCCGCGCUCCCCAAGACCCCAGCAGGCUUCCUCUCCAUCCCCCUCCAGCUGCAGCCUCAGCCAUGUUCUUCACUUGUGGCCCAAAUGAGGCCAUGGUGGUCUCCGGGUUCUGCAGGAGCCCCCCAGUCAUGGUGGCUGGAGGCCGAGUCUUUGUCCUGCCCUGCAUCCAGCAGAUCCAGAGGAUCUCUCUCAACACACUGACCCUCAAUGUCAAGAGUGAAAAGGUUUAUACCCGCCAUGGGGUCCCCAUCUCAGUCACGGGCAUUGCCCAGGUGAAAAUCCAGGGCCAGAACAAAGAGAUGUUGGCAGCCGCCUGCCAGAUGUUCCUGGGGAAGACAGAGGCGGAGAUUGCCCACAUUGCCCUGGAGACGCUGGAGGGCCACCAGAGGGCUAUCAUGGCCCACAUGACUGUGGAGGAGAUCUAUAAGGACAGACAGAAAUUCUCAGAGCAAGUUUUCAAAGUGGCCUCCUCAGACCUGGUCAACAUGGGUAUCAGCGUGGUUAGCUACACCUUGAAGGACAUUCAUGAUGACCAGGACUACUUACACUCUUUGGGAAAGGCUCGAACAGCACAAGUCCAGAAAGACGCUCGGAUUGGGGAAGCAGAGGCCAAAAGAGAUGCCGGGAUACGGGAGGCUAAGGCCAAGCAGGAGAAGGUGUCUGCGCAGUGCCUUAGUGAAAUAGAGAUGGCCAAGGCACAGAGAGACUAUGAGCUGAAGAAGGCUACCUAUGACAUCGAGGUCAACACCCGCCGAGCACAGGCUGACCUGGCCUAUCAGCUGCAGGUGGCGAAGACCAAGCAGCAGAUCGAGGAGCAGCGGGUGCAGGUGCAGGUAGUGGAGCGCGCCCAGCAGGUGGCGGUGCAGGAGCAGGAGAUCGCCCGGCGCGAAAAAGAGCUGGAGGCCCGCGUGCGCAAACCUGCGGAGGCUGAGCGCUACCGGCUGGAGCGCCUAGCGGAAGCAGAGAAGGCCCAGCUGAUCAUGCAGGCCGAGGCCGAAGCUGAGUCUGUGAGGAUGCGUGGGGAAGCUGAGGCCUUUGCCAUAGAGGCCCGCGCUCGUGCGGAGGCUGAGCAAAUGGCUAAGAAGGCAGAAGCCUUCCAGAUGUACCAGGAGGCCGCCCAGCUGGACAUGCUGCUGGAGAAACUGCCCCAGGUGGCAGAAGAGAUCAGUGGUCCCCUGACCUCAGCCAAUAAGAUCACACUGGUGUCUAGCGGAAGUGGAACCAUGGGGGCAGCCAAAGUGACUGGGGAAGUACUGGACAUUCUAAGCCGCCUGCCAGAGAGUGUGGAGAGACUCACGGGCAUUAGCAUCUCCCAGGUGAAUCACAACAAGCCUUUGCGGACGGCAUGAGCCCUCAGCUCUCAGCAGUACCUGGACCGAUGGCUCAAGUGGCCUCAUUGCAUGCGCCUCUCCUGGCCUCCCUGGGCAUGCCUCCUGACAGAGGGAUGCACCAUAUCUCCUUGCCAAAUAGUCUGUGCCUUGCCUUGGAGGGGUUUGCUCCCUUCUCAGCCCAUUGCCAGUGCCCUAUACCAGAUUUUGAUGAUCCCACUUAAGCCCAACUAUUUAACUUCCUGAUUAAACUAGACUGUGUGAACCUGUUAUCUACACUUUCUUCACAAAGACCAGAAGAUGGCCAUUCUUGUUAAAUAAACCAAGUACUGACUAGUUUGCAGCAUGCUGGAAGCAGAGGAAUCACAAGUUCCACGAACCCGAUUCAAUUUCUUCCCCUAGAAGUGGGCUGUGGGGACAUUGGACUCCUGCAGUCAAGUUGGCAUGGUUUAGAGGACAUCAGAUAACAGUCUGUGGUGUAGCUUUUGUGUGUACCCCUCAAAUACACUGCUUUAUACAUUAAACCCAAA